UGUUGGACAUGUCAGAAGUGAGGUGGGACUUCUUUGUUGCUAACCUGAUGUCAUGCAGAGGUAUAAAGCAGCUGAUAAUGAUGCAGCUUCUCUGUAGUUACUGUAGCAGUUGCAACUGUCGGUGAAAAAUGUUGAGCUGUGUGUAAAGUGAAUGUUUCAAGUUUAAUACUGAUAUCUAUAAUUCACUGACUGUGGGGAGCAAAUUGUGAGUUUGUGCUUUUUGUAAUUGUUUUUGUUAUACUUGAUCAUGUUUAAAGGCCAGUGAAGCAGUGUUGUCGGUGUAAAGCUCAGCAGAUACGGAGACAGCGCCUGUGUUAUUCAGAGCAAUGCCUAUAAUUAAAAUAAAUAAUUCAUCUUGAUUUAAAAAGUCUACGAGCAAAACUCUUUACAAAUGUGCCUACUGUGUUGUUAUCGAAAACCAGAAUGAUAGUAAAUUCAACUUUAUCUUACUUCAUUCUCAGUGCAUACAUACAUGUAGGAACUGUGAGAUACUUAUAUUUUACAUUAACAGCUUUACUUUACAUUGUUAUUGUGUUUGUCAACCUUCUGCUCAUCGUGGUUAUCUGUAUGAACAGGAGCUUACAUGAACCUAUGUACAUGUUCCUGUGCAGUCUGUUUGUAAAUGAACUGUAUGGUAGUUCAGGGUUGUUUCCGUUCCUUCUGACUCAGAUUCUCUCUGACAUUCACACUGUUCCUGCUUCAUUUUGUUUCCUGCAGGUUUUCUGUUUGUAUACAUAUGCACAUGUAGAGUUUUGCAAUUUAGCCGUCAUGUCUUACGACAGAUAUCUUGCUAUCUGUUGUCCUCUACAGUAUCACACACGUAUGACGUUGAACAAGGUGGUAAUAUUUAUUGCUUCAAUAUGGUUGUACUCUUUUGUGAAAUUCUUGAUUACUUUAUCCUUAAACAUCCGUUUACCUCUCUGUGGAAACAUUAUAAACAGUUUGUACUGUCACAACUAUCUUAUUGUAAAGUUGGCAUGUUCUGACAUCGAAGUCAAUAACAUUUAUGGAAUUUUUGGUGUUAUUCUCACCAUCUUAGUCCCUCUGCUUCCAAUUCUUUUUUCUUACAUGAAAAUUUUUCAUGUUUGCUUUUCUGGUUCCAAACAGACGAGACAAAAAGCUGUCAGUACCUGCACACCUCACCUCGCUUCCCUCUUAAACUUUUCUUUUGGUUGCUGCUUUGAAAUACUGCAGAGUAGAUUUGAUGCGAGUGCUGUUCCCAGUGAGCUGCGAAUCAUUCUGUCUCUGUACUUUCUCAUCAUACAGCCACUUUUGAAUCCUGUCAUGUAUGGGUUGCAAAUGUCAACAAUAAGGAAAGCAUGUAUCCAGCUGUUCUGUUCUAAAAUGGUGACUGACUGCAGAGAUAAUUUAUAG